AUGAACACACACACACACACACACACACAUUCUGACAUAAGAAACACCUUUUUCUCUGAAAUUGGCAUUGGUAUCUCAGCCAACAGCUUCCUUCUUCUCUUCUACAUCCUCAAGUUCAUUGGUGGGCACAGGCCCAGACCCACUGACAUGCUCAUUGGUCUGCUGACCCUAAUCCACCUACUGAUGUUAAUGUUCAUGGCAUUCAUAGCCAUGGACAUCUUUAUUUCUUUGAGGGGAUGGGAUGACACCAUAUGUAAACUCAUUGUCUACCUGUACAGAAUUUGGAGGGGCCUCUCCCUUUGUACCACCAGCCUGCUAAGUGUCUUCCAGGCCAUCACCCUCAGUCCCAGAAGCUCCUGUCUAGCCAAGUUCAAGCACAAAUCUCGCCAUUACAUCUCAUGUGCCCUUCUUUUGCUGAGUGUCCUCUAUAUGCUCACUAGCAGUCACUUCUUAGUAUCGAUUGUUGCCACUCCCAAUUUGACUUCAAACAACUUCAUGUUUGUUAGUAGAUUCUGUUCUCGCCUACCCAUGAGUUAUCUCAUGAAAAGCACAUUUUCUACACUGCUGGCCAUCAGGGAAGCCUUUCUUAUUAGUCUCAUGGUCAUCUCGACUUGGUACAUGGUGGCUCUCUUGUGCAGGCACAGGAAGCAGGCCCUGCAUCUUCACAGCACCAGCCUUUCUCCAAAAGCAUCCCCAGAGCAAAGAGCAAACAGGACCAUCCUUCUGCUCAUGAGCUUCUUCGUGUUGAUGUCUGUCUUGGAUGGCUUUAUCUCCUGCUCAAGAACUAUGUAUAUGAAUGAUGCAACAUCUUACUCUAUCCAAUUCUUUGUGGUCCAUCUCUAUGCCACAGUCAGCCCUUUUGUGUUUACGAGCACUGAAAAACAUGUUGCUAACUUUUUCAGGUCUAUGUGUGGAGGACAUAAAUGUUUUAAUGUUCAUUGA